ACCACCUCCGCACCGCUUACUGACGAGCAAACGCACGCCCUCUUCGACAUCCUCACCCAUCACGAGACCUACCAAGAGAUCCAAGACUUCAAAUACCCCGGCGCAGUCCGCCACUAUGGACCACCAUUCCAAGACGACAUUGGCACCUCUGACUCGCCCAUCCUGCAGAGUCUACUGUCGAAAUUCAUCCUCAAGUUGCCCGGCCUGCGAGACGUCAGCCCAGACUUCUGGAAGACGAGAGUAUCCGACUUGAUCGACGAGCUAGCACAAGCGGAGUUGAGCGAGAGCUAUGACAAGGGCUUACUGGGUGUGCGGAAGACAUUGGCUACCGCCAUAUCGGCUCUGAUCGAGUACCCGGCCAGAGGCUGCCUCGCGGGAGUCAGUAAGAGUGAAGGGGCGAAGAAAGACUACAACAAGGACGAUCCCGAUGAUGUUAUUCGAGCAUGGCAUGAUGCGUUACAAGAGGUCGUGUACGGCGACUUGACGGAUACCUUGUUCGCCAAGGCAGCGGAGACGGAUGACCUGACCAAGCAUCCCACCCUGGUGCAGGCAAUGCAUGAGUUUGUGAUUGUGAACAUAGCGUCGUUGUUGCAUUACACGCUUAUACUCUCGCCCGAGGGCCCGACGCUGUUACGGAUGCUUCAGAGCGUACAUCGUCUGAUCCCAUAUAUGGCCGUACGACAAGCUCUCAAGAUCGGCAACGUCGCCAGCAUGCUUGGCGCCAUCAUGAAGAUUGUUCUUGCAAAGGCUAGUGUAGGCAGUCUUACCAAUUGGGUUGGCAUCACGUCGGGCGCAGACGAGGGCAUGAACCUUCUACAGCAAAUCAUCAGCCAAGUACUCGGCUGGGAUAAGCGCGAGCUCAAAAAGCGUGCAGAAAAGAUCGAGAGCUCCAAAGAUGCUCCGCCGAAAGAGGUCAUCUCCGAGCUCAAGUCCUGGAUAUCCUCGCGCUCACGAGAAGAACACGAAGAAUGCCGGCGGCAGAGCAAAGAUCAAGGCAUGUCGAUUGUCACUGUGAUCAUGGCCACCAGCUCGCACUCCGUCGAAAUGACCGAAAUCCAGCACUCGAAUGCACUGGAAUACCUCGCUCUACACCUCGGCGCCCGCGACCGCGACGAGAUCGUACGAGUCUUGUGCCGCCGCUCACCAGACCAUCUCAGCGCCCUCGUCCGCGAAGGCGUGGACGCAUACACCCCCAUGAUCCGCAACGUCCACCAAGCCGUCAACCUCUCCGACACCGUGUGGGACUUUGAGCGUUUCGUCACAGACAUGCUGAAGAUGUCGAAACCGUCGGGAGCCAAAGGCGAAGAGAAACCCCCCAGCGUGGAGAACUACGUCGACCUUCUCCACCGCCAUCAAAGCUGCAGUCACAAAUUCAUCCACCAAGUGGCGAAGAAUGGUAAAGAGGUCACGGCAUGGUGGAAAGAAUACGUUCACCUCGCCGCCGCGCAAUUCAAGCGCGACGUCAAACCCCCACCCACCGAGGCUGUCGUGCCGGAACAUGCUGCAGCAGGCGGCGCGCAGAAAGCAAUCGUCUCCGCUUUCUCCGACCUCUCCAAAGACGACCAGGAAUCCGUCCGAAAGGAGCUAGAUACCUGGGCGAAAUAUCUCCGCGACCUGCACGCCGCAUCCGCCUCCCGCGUCCGUGCCGUCAUCAAACGCACGGGCUCUACACCGUACGGUCCGGGAGCCUAUCUGGCGAGGUGGCAGCAUUUGCUCGAUACGACCGUUAUUACCCCUGGACAACCGAAGGGGCCGGUCCGGUAUGGG